AGGCCCGGCCCGGCCCCGCCGUCAGGUCGGUGGUGGGGGGGAAGACGGACGGGUCGACGCGGGGGUGCUGGCUGGGAGGAGAGCUGGAUGGAGAAGCAGCCUCGUUUGUACAUUGCCAUGGGUGCCCGCUGCUGUUCUGUACUUCCCUAGCUUCUAAAGCCACUUGGAUUUGGAGAUGGAGGCUUUGCUGGAAGGAAUGCAAAGAAAUGGGCAGGGGAGCGGUGGGUUCUUGACUUCCUGUGAGGCUGAGCUGCAGGAGCUGAUGAAGCAGAUUGACAUCAUGGUGGCUCACAAGAAGGCUGAAUGGGAAGGACAGACACAGGCUUUGGAAUCUUGCCUGAAUGUUCGAGAGCAGGAACUUGCCUCUGCCAGGGCUGCUCUGCAGGAAAAAUAUAAGGAGGUUGGCACCUUGCGUCGACAGGUGGAAGACUUGGAAAAAGCUAAACAGGACAUGGUUAGAGAAUAUGAGCAACAGCUGAAGAAAUUCCAAGAGGAGUUGUCUAGGCUGAGGAGGAGCUAUGAGAAACUGCAGAAGAAACAACUAAGAGAAGCUACCAAGAGGCAAGAAGGGGAGGAGCAGUUUGAAAUGAGCCGGCUGACCAGGAAGCUGGAGGAGUUUCGUCAGAAAUCACUUGCCUGGGAGAAGCAGCGUUUGCUUUACCAGCAGCAGGUGGCAUCACUGGAGGCACAGAGGAAGGCUUUGGCUGAGCAGUCUGAGCUCAUUCAGACUCAGCUUGACAAUCGGAAGCAGAUCCUGGAGUCGGUGGAGCUGGCCAGCCGCUCAGAAAUCCAGCACCUAACCAGCAAGCUGGAGAGGGCUGAGGACACCAUCUCUGCCAACGAGCUGGAGGUGCAGAGGCUCAACCUGAGAGUGGACAACCUGACUGAAGACAAUCGGAUGAUCCUGGAAGAUCAGCAAAGGCUUCAGGAAGAAUUAAGGCAAUCCAAGAAAAUGAUAGAGGUGCUACAGGAUGAGAAGAUGGAACUUAGAGCCACUUUGCAGUCUCAAGAAGAUUUCAUUGAGAGCUCCAGGAUGUACCAGGAGCAGUUACAGAAAGACCUGGACAGGGUGACUGAAACUCUUUGCACAAAAGAGCUCCUCAUCAGGGCCUUGGAGGAACGUUUGCAAGAGAAACAAUUGUCUUCUCCCGGGCUGGAGCUGGAGCAUCUGCUACUGCAGCUGGAUGUUGCCCAGAAGAAGGAACAGCACUUGGAGUCAGAGGUGACUCACCUUGAGAACAGCCUGGUGUCUGCAAAGGCAAGGUGUGUACAGCUGAGUGAAGAACUGGAUGACAGUAUCAAAGAGCUGCAGUCAAUGGAAGAGCACCAGACUGAGUCACAGGCAGAGAUUAAAAAGCUGAAGGAGCAGCUCUCUCAAGCUGAACAAACUCACAACAGUGAGCUAGAAGGGAUGAGGAGGGAAAUCUCGGUGCUGACACAAGAGCUACAGCAGCGGGACGUGGCAAUUGCGUCUGCAAGCAGCAACACGUCAGACCUCGAGCAACGGCUGAGAGCAGAGGUGGAAAGAGCAGAGAGGAAGGCAGUGGAGCACAGGGUAAUUCUGGUCCAGCUGGAAACCUUGAGGCUGGAAAACCGCCAACUGUCAGAGAUGCUGGAGAAAACAGAGUGUGCUGUGCCAGAGGGAAAAGAUGUUCCUGGAGGAGCACUCAGUGAAGACUCUGCUUUGGAACUAAAUACAUUAAAAGCUGAGAACCAGCAGCUGCGGAAGGAUCUGGCAGAGGCCAGAGCAAAACUGGAGCUCCCUCGGGAGAUCUGCCAGGGUGAGCCCCAGGGCACUGCUCAGCACGUGCAAGACAAAGAGCCUCAGGCUGGGGAUGUGCAGUGCAGGACAACUGGGGAAGCACAGCACAAACAUGAUGAACAAGCAGAGACAACAGAGCACAAGCCUGAGGGGACUGUUCAGCAUCAUCAAGGGGAGCCCCAGAGACAUGAGGCUGCUGAAAUGGGAACUAUGACCUCUGAGAAGGGCGAGCUGCCCUCUCAGGGCUGCAGGAAGAACCACUUGGAGUCACUUGCUUUGGGCACCUCUCUGGAAGCAGAUACUUUGCACCAAGUGCUGGAUGGAAGCAAAGAUUUUUCAGAUGAAACAUCUAAGCAGUCCAUGUCAAACCAUCAGAGAGAAUCUGUACUUUUGUGUCCCCUGCCUACAGCUCCAGUUGGAUCCAUAGCUGCAAGAUACCUGGAAGAGGAAGAACUGAGAUCUCAGCACAUCCAGGAGUGCCUAAAUGCUCAUGUUGAGGAACUGAAAAAAGAGAGUGAGAAGAUAGUGAGGCAGUUUGGACACCAGGAGUAGUGUUUCUUGCUCAGUUUGAAUGCUGGUUUACUUAGAUGGUUCAAAACUGCGACGGGGGAGGUACCUGUAAACCAAUUGCCAUUAGAGCUUGAGCAAGAGGCUGUAUCUGCCAGUUUGAGCUGAAUCAGCAGGGUGAGCAUUGAGGGGAGGAACUCCAUGUUUGAUCUACUGGAGGGUAUUGCACCACAAACACUUUAGUCAGCUUGCUGUAGAUCAAGAAGCUGCAUCAGAGGUAUGUGUCGGUGCGCUCGCUCGUGGGUUGGAAGUGUCACAAGAUGAAGGUGUUCUUUAGAAGCAAACCAUUUGCUAAUUUUAAUGUAAAGUAUUUUAAGUAUGUUUUAUACAUGUAA